AUGACUGAUUUUAUCGAUGGGUUAGCUCGAUGCAACGAUAAGACGUUGGAGAAUCUCAACUUGGGGAACAAUAGGUUGUCUGGCAACCUUCCAGAUUCUCUAGGAAAUCUAAAGAAAUUAAGGAUGAGUGGGAUUCCUGAAAGUUUCGGGCAACUGUCGAAAUUAGUUGCGGCAAAUCUCUCUGACAACUUGUGGGAAGGAGUUGUGACAGAGCGCCACCUGGCAAACCUCUCGUGCCUCAUGGAUCUUAACUUGCAUUGGUUCUUGCCGCUGAAUCUGCAAUUAGAUGAGCUAGACGUCGGGUAUAAUCAGCUCACCAGCGAGCCACCCACCUCAUUGAUGUUCUUAGACGUCCGAGCUAAUGUCGACUUGAGUUCGAACCUCUAUGAAGGUCCUCUUACUAUGUGGUCUACCAAUGUGACCACACUGUAUCUCAGAGAUAAUCGCUUCUCCGGUCCUAUUCCUCCCAACAUUAGCAAACUCAUGCCAUACCUGACAGAUUUAGAUAUCUCUCAGAACGCCCUAAAUGCUACAAUUCCCUUGUCUAUUGGGAAUAUGACCACUUUGACUACCGUAGUCAUCUCCAAAAAUUACCUAUCAGGAGAAAUAGCGCGGUUCUGGAGUGACUUGUCCUUGCUGUACAUUUUUGACAUGUCAAACAAUAACCUUUCGGGUCCGAUACCAAGUGAGGUCAGCUUGCUUUCUUCUCUCAUGUUCUUCAUAGUCAGUAAAAGCAAUCUCUCUGGUGAACUACCAUCCUCCUUGCAGAACUGCAGCUCUCUGGCCAGUCUCAAUCUCGGCAAUAACAGGUUCUCGGGAAACAUUCCGGCAUGGAUUGCAGGGAGCAUUCCUUCGUUGCUGAUUUUGUGCCUAUGGUCGAACUUGUUUUCCGGGGAGAUUCCUACUCAGAUAUGCCGUCUUUCCAAUCUCCACAUAGUGGACCUCUCACACAACAGCUUGUCAGGAUCAAUCCCGGUAUGCAUAGGAAACUUAAUGGGCUUGAAAGUGGAGCUCACAAAUGCUGAUAGGGUGAGGUACCAGGGACGCUUGACUGUGGUGGCCAAAGGAAAGAUUCUUCAAUAUGAUGAAAGGAUUCUUUACCUCGUCAACAGUUUGGAUCUCUCUGACAACCGCUUGUCUGGGGAGAUUCCUGAAGCGCUAAUGAGCCUCGUGAGGUUGUGGACCCUGAAUUUGUCCAUAAACCAUCUCAUUGGAAAAAUACUGGUCGACAUUGGGAACUUGGAGCGGCUGGAGACACUUGACUUAUCAAACAACAAUCUCUCGGGGUUGAUUCCUCGGAGCAUGACCACUUUAACAAGCUGA